AUGAACACCUUUUCUUCUAUACGCUGUAGAAGCAGCCUAAGAGCUGCAGCUCAGCCUGUGCGCUAUGCCUCAACCUCCACCCCGUCACCUAAAUCCAACUCCCGCCGCUGGCUAAGCAUCGCCUUCGUCGGCGCAACAGCAGCCGGCGCAGGCGCCUACAUCCGAUCCCAAAACACCUCCUCCGCAACCCUGAACCCAGACACAUUCACCAAAUACAGCCUCGUAUCCCGCGAACCCGUAUCAGCAACCAGCAGCCUAUUCACACUGCGACCCCGCCAGCCCAGCGACAGCAACUACGAUGUCUACGAGGAAGCAUGGCAGACCGGCGUCUGGAGUGUAAUGUUCAAGCAGCCACAACUCCAGAUCGGACGAGACUACACCCCCUUGCCGACAACGGCGGCAACAACCCUAAGCGUCGACGACGAGAACGAAGGCUGCUUGCGAUUCUUCAUUCGAAAGGACCCUUUCGGGGAAGUCUCGCGCUACCUGCAUACCAUCGCCGUAGGCGCUGAAGUCGAGAUGCGCGGACCCAAGAUCGAGUGCACGAUACCGAAAGACACGAAGGAUAUUCUCUUUAUUGCCGGUGGGACUGGUAUUGCGCCUGCUCUGCAGGCUGGGUAUUCUCUUCUGUCCCGCACGAGCGCGGAUCAUCGGCCGAAGAUCCAUAUCCUGUGGGCGAACCGAUUGAAGGAUGACUGCGCGGGUGGUCACAGUGACUCGUUGAAGCCGCAACCACGUCGGGGCUGGUUCUCUGGGUGGUUUGGCUCGUCUCCGAGUCGGGAUACUGUCUGGGAUGCGCCGGCCGUGGAGCAAGAACCCUCUUCUGUCAUUGUGCGCGAGCUGGAGGCGCUAAAGUCUCAGUAUCCGGGACAAGUCACUGUGGAUUACUACGUGGACGAGGAGAACACGUUCAUUACCAAGGAGGCUAUUCGAAAGGCUAUUGAGCCAGCCUCAGAAGAAGCCAACAAGUUGAUUCUGGUUUCCGGUCCGGAGGGAUUCAUCAGUUACAUGGCCGGGCCUAAACUGUGGGCACAAGGACAGGAGCUCCAAGGCCCUUUGAAUGGAGUUAUCAAGCAACUCGAUCUCAAGGGAUGGGGUGUAUGGAAGCUAUGA